CUUACGAGACGAAUGCUGGAGUUUCCUAGCGCCGACCAGAUCGAUGGAUUUCUCAGCUGCGUCUCACAUCUCUGGAGCGUCGUUAUCCACUUACAGCUUAAUGAAACAACUUAGUGGUUUGUGCGUAUAAAUCCACUUGAAAUGUCCAGCAUCCACAACCGAAGCCAAAUCAGCGCCCGACGCAGUGACUACGUUUGGCAGUAUGAAUAUUAUGACGACGAGGAGCCCGUGUCUUUUGAGGGACUCAAAGCGCACAGAUACUCCAUUGUCAUAGGCUUUUGGGUCGGACUGGCAGUAUUCGUCAUUUUCAUGUUCUUUGUUCUCACGCUGCUCACAAAGACUGGAGCCCCGCACCAAGAAAACCCAGAGUCUGCUGAAAAGCAUCAUCGACCGGGGAGCUGUUUGGUAAACAUUGAGAGUGAGCAAGAAAAAAAUGACAAGGCUUUCUCCCGCCCGCUGCUACCAGGGUCUCACUCCUAUCUUCAUUUUUUCAUCAAUGAAGAGGAUCAGGAUCAAGUGAGGCAAAAACAAGAAGACAACAGGAGUACUACCAAAGAGAAAAUGGGCAGAGCUAUCUGCUCAUCUGGGGUGGAGGAGAUGGAGGCGGACACUAAGGAAGCAAGGGGGCGCCGACCUCUCAAUGGACUAACAGAGGAGAGUAAAACAGAUGGAGAGCGUGCCUUUUUGUCACCCUUCCACAUCCCUAACUUUGUGAACUUGGACGACAGUUCCACGAACGGAGAGGAUGAUCUGCUGUCUGAGCCAUCAGUCAUACUUGAGCAUCAGUCUCAAGCUCACAGUACUCACCAUGACUCCCACUAGUGCUAUUAAAAAGCAUGGCUUUUAAAUAGCUCACAUCGUUUGUUUUCCAUCUUUGAUGAAGCAGAGGGAAAUAUAUACACAUAGGGGUGUUUUCCUAUAAAAUAUUAAUUUUCUUUCUUUUUCUCACACUUUCAAAAAGGCAUUGCAUUUGGUUUAAUAAGCAAGAAAGCACAAAACAUAGCCACCAAUACCACCGAAGUCCAAAUUCACACUUAAAAAGAUGAUUUUCCUCUGAAGAUGAGAUUGCCUCAGAAAUGAUGUCUGUCUAUUCGAGCCUCGUGUGCCUCGCUGGAUGUAACAUUUUCUUUCCACACAUUACCGGGAAUAAUGAAAGAGCAGCGGGGUCACAGAAAAGAGGAGUUUUGUAAAAUUCACACCACCUUUCUUGUUUUCUUGUUAAACUGGAAAUUUGUACACUGGAUGUUAUUUGUCGACAAGACUGCCAACUGGUAGACCCAAAAUCAUUCAGCUGUCACUCUUUUAACAUGAAAUGCUUGCAGAGAGGGUUGAAUGUGUGCUAGCUGUGUGUUCAAACCCGUUCCUGCUCUUUAGCAGAGUGACAACGUCAUGUAACACUUUUGCAGACUGAAUUGUGUCACAACUACUGUAUAAAUGUUGAAUAAAAAUGAGAGGAUAACUUAGGUGAGCUUAGAAAUUUGUAGUGAAGUAUUUGUGAAUGUCAAGUACAGCCUUGAUAACAUUUAUAAAAAUCAUCAGAAAUACAA